CCCCCCUCUCCAUCCCCGUCGCAUCUGUGCUCGCGAAGCCGCCGCGCGCGCGUACAAAUACCCGGCGGAGGAAGCGGCGAGGGGCCACCGAACCCUAAUACCCCGCGCCUCCGUCUCCGCCACGCGCCAGCCUCGCCAUGGCGGCCGUACAGCGCCUGCUCCGCGCCGCGGCGUCGUCCUCCUCCUCCGUCGCGGCAGGCAGGAGGCGCAUGGCGACGUCGCUGGCGCCCGAGCAGACGCCCGCGGCGGCGCCGGCCUUCCCGUUCGCGGGGGCCGAGAGGAGGCGCCGGCCGGCGCACGAGAGGAACGUGCAGUGGGUCUUCCUGGGCUGCCCCGGCGUCGGCAAGGGCACCUACGCCAGCCGCCUCUCCCGCCUCCUCGGCGUGCCCCACAUCGCCACCGGCGACCUCGUCCGCGACGAGCUCGCCUCCACCGGCCCGGACGCCGUGCAGCUUAAGGAAAUUGUUAAUCAAGGAAAGCUGGUUUCUGAUGAAAUUAUCAUCAAUCUUUUAUCUAAACGGCUGAAGAAAGGAGAAGAGAAGGGUGAAUCAGGAUUUAUUCUUGAUGGUUUUCCACGCACCGUAAACCAAGCGGAAAUUCUUGACGGAGUUACAGACAUUGAUAUGGUGGUUAAUCUGAAGUUGAGAGAAGAUAUCAUAGUACAGAAGUGCCUUGGUAGACGUAUUUGUAGCCAGUGUGGUAAGAACUUCAAUUUGGCCUGCAUUGAUGUCAAGGCUGAAAAUGGGCUACCACCGAUCUACAUGUCACCAUUGUUACCCCCCAAUAACUGCAUGUCAAAGCUUCUUACUCGAGACGACGACACCGAAGAGGUUGUGAGAAAUCGCCUGCGGAUCUACAAUAAAAUGAGUCAACCUGUGGAGGAUUUCUACCAGAAGCAGGGGAAGGUUCUCGAGUUCGAUUUACCCGGAGGAAUCCCCGAGUCUUGGCCAAAGCUGCUUGACGUUCUGAAUCUCGAGGACCAGCAGGAGAUGAAGUUGGCCGCGGCGUAAGUCCUGCCCGUGGGAAAUACCUUACAUAGUCCAAAGCAUACCUUACAUUUUUUUCAAUAAUGGGAAUAAAGAUAAAACUCUUGUUUCCAUAGAUAUGUGUGCCUUUGUGAGAGUAAUUUUUGACCAGUAGUGAGCUAUUUAUUCUCGCCGGCGUUUUCGCGAGCCGGUGCUAUGUAACGAUCAUAACGAUAUUUUGAUCUUGACUUAUUUGAGUGAGCGGGUUGUGGUGCGUAAGGACACCAUGUAAUGUUGAUUCAAAGAUGAAGAGUGAUAGACUGUCAUCUGUACUUUUUUA